AUGGCCCAUUCCUCUCCUGAUGCCGCAGCAGAGGCUGCAGAGAAGGCAAUGUAUGCCCUCUUCGCAAAAUGGCAAGCCUUGGACGAAGUCACCGCCAGGAUCUUCGGCAUCGCCAUUGGAUCCCUCAUCAUCGUCUUUGCCAUUGGACAUUGGACGGAACGCCUCUUCAGCCAGAGCUUCACCAAGCCGAGCACGCUCAGAUCCCUCAGCAGAGCUAUCGUCCGUCCUCUCGUACGACUGCAUGGCCCGAGGACUAUCUUUGGGAUCACGUUCCAUCCAGGCCGAAUGCACAUCAUCUUUGCAUACAUCGCGAUCAACAUAGUCAUGGUCUUUCAUGACCAUCCAGAGAAUGCCCCAAUGCAGACUAUCAUCGCAAAACGCUUCGGCUGGUUGGCGCUGUGCAAUAUGUGCCUUGCAGUGUUUCUCGGACUGAAGAACACACCCCUCUCGCCACUGGCAGGACGGAGUUUCGAUGCUGUGAAUUCCUUGCAUCGGUGUUGCGGCUAUGUUACAGUGCUGUUGGUCGUACUGCACGCUAUAGUGUACGUCGCAGGCCUGGCCAAUGCUGGAGCAUUGACGGAAGUCAUGACAGAGUCGGCGAACAUCGCAGGAGCUGUGGCUGGUGUCUUCAUGGUGCUGAUCUUCAUUACUGCGAUCGGCUUCGUCCGACGACGGCAAUACGAGUUCUUUUACGCGAUGCAUCUGGUACUUGUGGCUGGAAUCCUUAUAACAGUCGGUCUUCACCGUCCAGAUCUGAGCCUCAAGGCAGCCAUCAUCACCAUCCUCGCAGGCAGCAUGUGGUUCGCCGACAAGUCUCUCCGCUUAUCAAGAUGGAUCUUCUACGGUUACAAUAACCAUUGUACCCUGACUCCUCUCCCAGAUGAAGGCGUCAGGAUCACGAUGCGUAGGCCAAUGCGAGCUGCUCCAGGCUCUGUCGCUUUCAUCUGGGUUCCCGGCGUCAGGCUCUUUCAACGUCACCCUUUCACGUUGGUGCAAAGCCAGCCUUGUGCCGAAUUCGUUGUCAAGGCCCGAGACGGCUUCACGCGAGACCUGUACAAGGCGGCUUGCAAGAACCCGUUAAUGAAGUUCCGCGCGGCUCUGGAAGGUCCCUAUGGAAACGUUCCAGAUGCAAAUCAGCACGACAAAGUCGUGAUCUUCGCUGGCGGUAGUGGUAUCACGUUCGCCAUGAGCCAGGCGUUGGACUGGGCCAAGAAGCGUCGAACACCAAAGGAGAAAGGCACUCUCGACCUGAUCUGGACAGUCCGCCGUCGAGCGAACUUCGAAUGGUUCAAAGACGAACUCGCCGAUGUGAAAUCCAACAAUCGCGUCAAUCUGCAUCUCUACGUCUCCGGCCCGAACCACGAGCAAUACGUCACAGAGGAAAGCGACCUCUCCAUGAGCAGCGACCUCGAGAAAACCGCCGAUAUCAAGUCUCUGAGCAAAGAACUCCAACCGUCCAUCUCCUCGUCAAGAAAUUCUUCGGAGUCGGCAUUGAGCACGACUUUUACGGGGCGUCCGGAUGUCGCGAUGAUUAUUAGACAAGCUGUGGAAGGGCAGUCUGAGGAUGAGAGAGUGCUUGUUACGGGUUGUGGGCCUACGGCGCUUUUGACGGAUAUCAGGAGGGCGGUGGCGGAGAACACUGUCAGUAAGGCGCCGAGUGUUAAGAUGCAUUUGGAGGAGUUCUCGUUUUAG